UGAAGUCCUGUCGUGUUUUUCAAAAUGACAGACGUAAGUGUGUUGAGUUGCAAGUUUACCCUCUCGAGAGAGUGGAGUUUUGUUUUGAUUCUUGAUGAAAAAUUCUAGUGGAGUUCUUGCGAAAGAGUCGUCAUCGUAGGGUAUCUUCUCCAGUGAACCGAGAGUACUUGCCGUCGUACCUGGGGUUAUUUCAUCUGUAGAAGAUGUCGUCUCCUGUCGCUAGCACCACCAGACCUCUGGUUGCGGUCGCGCAGAUGCGUACUACCAAUGAGCACGCUCGCAAUUUCGAGACCGUGUCUGCGCUCGCACGGGCUGCAAAGCAGCGCGGCGCCAGCAUGUUGCUGUUACCCGAGGCCUUCGCUUUUCUAGGAAACCACUUCACAGAAACGGUGGCGCAAGCAGAACCGAUUCCACCGAUUUCUCGUACUUUCGCCACUGGCGUUUCGCAACAUCCGCCAUUCAGCGCAGAGCAGCAAAAUUCUUCAUGGAUUUCGAAAUAUCUCCGUUUGGCUAGAGAACAUGGUAUGUGGCUGAGCCUAGGUGGCUAUCAUGAGAGGCCAGCCGCAGCCAGUGACAUAAAAACCGGUGCUGGGAGCGUUGGUUUUGACAAAUUGAAGAACAGCAUGGAUGAAGAACCUUCUGCAGCCGCACCUCCAGACCAGACCUCCGCUACAACGAAGCAGACGCGUGCAAGCGAGGAAGCAAAGACGACAUCUGUAGAGCAGAACGCGUCUACUAGAGAUCAAGUUGAAGAACGACCACAAGUGGAAAAAGUGUACAACACGCAUUUGAUUGUGGACGAUAGUGGCGCUAUACGUGCGCUUUAUCGAAAAAUCCAUCUCUUCGACGUAGCGAUUCCAAAUGGUCCAGUGCUCCUUGAGUCCAGAUAUACCAUACCUGGAUGCUUUAGUUAAGAUGUGGAAGUCGUUUUGGUUCAGUUGUGUUUGUGAUGCUUUUACUUUCCUAGUCGUGUAGUUUGCUUGUUUCUUAAUCUUACUCUCUUCAGACGCAACCAACCUAGAAGUCCUUUUUCUGCCUGCUGAGGGUUUUUAGUGCUGGUUUAUUCUGUUUCUUCAUGCAUAACCUCGUAGAAUGCCUGUCUUCAUAUCCUUUCCGACAACGUAAUUGUGGUUCCUGACACGCCAAUCGGUAAUAUUGGGUUGACGACCUGCUACGACUUGCGCUUUCCCGAGUUGUACACCACGUUGCGAGAGCGUGGCGCAGAGGUCCUGCUUGUGCCCAGCGCGUUUACGGUUCCAACUGGACGAGCGCACUGGCACUUGCUUCUGCAGGCGCGCGCGGUCGAGACGCAAUGCUUUGUGCUGGCAGCGGCUCAGUGUGGCCGUCACAACGAGAAGCGAGAGUCGUUUGGCCAUGCACUAGCAGUGGGACCCUGGGGUGACGUGCUCGCUGAUGCGGGAUCUGAUGUAGAUGUUAAACUUAAAAAUACAGGAGCAGGUGAAGGCAUCAGUUCAUCUAAGGGUUUUGAACGUGAAGGCGACGUCAAUUCAUCUAGAGCACGUGUUGGCACUGUGAUAGAUGUCACUGAAGAUAGCUGCUUCUGUCUCGCGGAACUAGAUCGAGGUGAAAUGACGAAAAUACGCGAAAAAAUGCCCAUCAUGCAACAUCGAGAAGCAGCUGGUUUCUUCCCAAGGCUCUGAGGCUACAACAUGGAACGCAGACUUCGAACUUUCACAUCUUUAAAGACGUGGACAGACACGGCGUAUGGAACCGAAAAGUCUUUUCACUUUCAGAAUCAGUAAAAUUUAUUC